AUGGAGGACCGGAGGGGCCCAAGGAAGUCCCCGGCAGCUAGGCGAGCCGGGUCUCUGGACGGGUCACAGGCCCCCCGGAGGGACUCAGAGGCCAUGGCCUGUCAGUGCCUCUCCCUGCGCACCACCCCCCGCCAGCGGGCGCUUCGCCGGGUGGCCAGCGAUGUGGCCAGAUGUUCCGAGAGCCUCACUCUAUCUGCAGAGGCCCAGGGCACUGUAGCUGCAGCCUUGGCUCCAGAGGAGAUGAAGGAGUUGGUCGCCAGGGAGCAAAGGCCCUCCGAAGACUCCAAGAAGGACAAGGCCCAAGGGUGGGCCCAGCAGGGGUGGAUGAAGAGCAUUCUGAACUUCCUCCUCCUCAGGACAGGCUCUGAGGAACCCAAAGACAAGACCCAUAGGAAGCCUAAGUGGAAGGAGGAGCCCACUGAGCCCUCAGAGGCUGCAGAGGAUCCAGCCCUCAGGAAGAAAGCCCAGGACAAGAAAGCCAACCGCAAGAAACACAGGAAACAUGAUUUUGAAGAAACCCUUGGGGCCCCCAACCAGGUGGCCAGAGGCCACGAGGUUGGGGUAGCUGUGGAGGCUGACCGGGGCUUGGCUUGCAGGGGUGCUCAAGAUUCUGAUGGCCACCAACCCCUGCCCAUCGAAGGGUGCAGUGCUACACUCUUGGACAUCUCUCCCCAGGCUUCAGGACCCCAGCCAAAGGAGGACCCCAAAAAGCCUGACCAGGACGCGGUCAUCUGGAUGAUUGUGGAGUUGCUCAAGGAAGUAGGAGACCAGUUGGAGGAGGAGCAACCACAGAUCCCUCAGUUAGAACUGGCUCCACAAAACCGGGGGCCAGCCCUCAGGAAAAAAUCUCAAGAUAAAAAGUCCAGCCUCAAGAAAGCCUUUUCUCUUAAGAAGCCUGGCUCUGAGGUACCCAGGAGAGCGUGCCCUGCCGACACCGCCAGCCCCGAGGCCCGGCCGCCCAGGAGGCCCAGCUUCCUGCCGCUGUGUGUCGGUGGCCAGCGCCUCUCCUCCUCCAGCAGCCCCGACACAGAGGGACCUGGAGUCCACGAGGCGCUGUGUGUGGACGGCGAGGGUCCCAGGGCCCCUGAGCUUCCCUGCCAACACAAACACCAGGGAGCCGACGAGGAGCCGCCGCUGGACAGAGCCGCCGAAUCCAGAGAAUUCAUGCAGAAGAUCCUUGCCCUGCUGCAAGAUGCCGAGGAGCUGGAGGGGGAGCAGCAACCUCAAGCCCCGGAGGCAGAAUUGGCUGUAGAAAAGCUGGCCCCAGCCUGCAGGAAGAGGUCCCAGGAGAAGAAGUCCAGCCUCCGGAGAGCCUUUUCUCAUAAAAAACAUGGGUCCAAGGAGCCCAAGAGAGGGAGUGCUGCUGACACCGCCAGCCCCGAGGCCCGGCCGCCCAGGAGGCCCAGCUUCUUGCCCCUGUGUGUUGGUGGCCACCGGCCCUCUAUCUCCAGUAGCUCAGAGGAGCUGCUCAUCUGCAGGCUGGUGGUGCUCCUCCAGGAAGUGGAUGGCCAGCUAGGGAAGCAGAUCCGGCGCCACCCCAGCUUUAAGAAGUUUUUUCACGAGUUCUCGGACAGCUCCCUCAAGAAGCUCGUGACCACCCUGCAGAGGCAGCAAGGCCGCUCCUCCGAGGGCGCUGGCCGCGUGGCCAGACCCUCCCCUUUUGCUUUUGACCUGAUGAAUCAGCUGACCAGCCACCAGAGCCGAACCAUCUGCAGCCUCAUGGGCUCCAGGGGGCACUGUAGUGGGCACAACUAUGCCCAGUUCCCCACCAGGGAGGCCCAGCCGAAGAUCACAAAUCUGGAGAGUAUUCAAAGUCCAGACUGA